UUUCGCUCUGCAACGCAUUCCCGCACACAUUCUUGUCAAUACACGCUCCUCGCAGAAAAUGAAGACCUCGAAAUCGAAAAAGAGCAGCGGACAGCUAGAGGAGAUCGGCGGAUACAAGGCCCUGCCUGUUCACUUUGCCGACAGCGAUGCCCCUCACUUUGUAUACUUCAAAGCGCACAAGCCCAAAAAGGAGGAUGUUCUCCUGCCGGCCAACCGCACGCUGUUCAUGUUCAACCUGCCAGCGGACGCGACGGAGCUCUCGAUCCGGCGGCUUCUAAAGGGCACAGCGCGUGUAGUGCAGGUGCUGUUCCACGACGUGAUCGGGCGUGAUGUGAUCAAGACGUCGGCACUGGAAGCAAGGCUGACUGCAUCGCUGGCCAACGAUAGCAAAGAUGAAGAUACAAAGCCAGUUAUGCGCACGCAGCUGCUGGGGUCGGGAGCCAGCGCACACGUGGUGGUUCUGGAGGAGCAGGAGCUGGCGAAUGUGCUGAACAUGAAGAGCGCGCGGCGCGAGUGGCCCUUGGGUGACCCAGCCAGCGAUCCGCUGGCAUACCACGGACUGUCGCGGUAUAUCUACGAGUACCGCGCGGCGCGGCCGCCUAUCGAGAUGCUGAAGCAGGACGUUGACGGGUACAUGGCCAAGUUCGAAGAAGCACAGUACGAGCGCGAGCGCCUGCUGGCGCAGCAGCGCAACGUGCCGGAUGCCGACGGAUUCAUUACGGUUAUCCGGAGCGGCCGCAAGAGCACGAAUACUGACGGCACGAUCACAGUUACCGCGGCCACGGCUAACGGCAUCAAGUCGGCCGAAGCCAAGAAGAAGGACGUGCAGUUCGGCAACAUGUACCGAUUCCAGAUGCGCGAGCGGAAGCGCGACCAGCUGGCGGAGCUGCGCAAAAAGUUCGACGAGGACAAGGAGAAGAUUGCCCGCAUGCGCCAGAACCGUCACUUCAGGCCAUACUAGCCUUUUUU